UCUCAGCACCAAGGCAGCUAGAGCGAGCUCACAGCCAGGAAGGCAAAGCCCAGCCCAGCCCAGCCAGCCCGGAGGUCUUUUGAUCACUGCCCUCUGGACCAUGGAUUUCCAUCUCUUCGAUUAUGCAGAGCCGGGGAACUACUCCCACCUCAACUGGCCAUGCAACAGCAGCGACUGUAUUCCCAUCGACAUGGUGCAGUGCCCUGCCAUGCCCAACAAAAGUGUCCUGCUCUACACGCUGUCCUUCGUCUACAUUUUCAUCUUCGUGAUUGGCAUGAUUGCCAACUCUGUGGUGGUCUGGGUGAACAUCCAGGCCAAGACCACAGGCUACGACACGCACUGCUACAUCUUGAACCUGGCCAUCGCGGACCUGUGGGUCGUCAUCACCAUCCCGGUCUGGGUGGUCAGCAUUGUGCAGCAUGACCAGUGGCCCAUGGGGGAGCUCACGUGCAAGAUCACACACCUCAUCUUCUCCAUCAACCUCUUCGGCAGCAUCUUCUUCCUCACCUGCAUGAGCGUGGACCGCUACCUCUCCAUCACUUACUUCAGCAGCACCUCAAGCUGCAGGAAGAAAAUGGUGCGACGUAUUGUCUGCGUCCUGGUGUGGCUGCUGGCAUUCUGCAUGUCCCUGCCUGACACCUACUACCUGAAGACCAUCACGUAUGCUUCUAACGAGACCUACUGCCGGCCCUUCUACCCCGAGCACAGCAUCAAGGAGUGGCUGAUCGGCAUGGAGCUGGUCUCUGUCAUCCUGGGCUUUGUCGUUCCUUUCUCUAUCAUUGCUGUCUUCUACUUCCUGCUCGCCAGAGCCAUCUCAGCGUCGGGAGACCAGGAGAAGCACAGUAGCCGGAAGAUGGUCUUCUCGUACGUGGUGGUCUUCCUGGUAUGCUGGCUCCCAUACCAUGUGGUGUUGCUGCUGGACAUAGCCUCCGUGCUGCACUAUGUCCCUUUUAGCUGCCAGCUGGAAGAUGCACUCUUCACGGCCCUGCAUGUCACGCAGUGCCUGUCCCUGGUGCACUGCUGUGUCAACCCCGUGCUCUACAGUUUCAUCAACCGCAACUAUAGGUACGAGCUGAUGAAGGCCUUCAUCUUCAAGUACUCAGCCAAAACGGGCCUCACCAAGCUCAUUGACGCCUCCAGGGUGUCCGAGACUGAGUACUCGGCACUGGAGCAGAAUACUAAGUGACACGCUCUGCAGAGGCUUGGGGACAAGUGUGCUUGUCGGCACAGAGCAUGGGGCUGCACCGUCUCUGGAAGAAAUCUUAAUGCUUGAGUGACAGGAAGAGGACAAGGUGUGUCAUCCUGCAUCCAUUCUCUCUCCUGCCAACCCGGCUGUCACCUGGCUGCGCCUUCUGACAGCUUUACAGCAGCCAGUGCUGUGUGUUGAAGCCGAAUUCAGGACAGACUUGCCUGGACAUCUGUACAGUAAAAAGUUCUGUGUUUCCUGAAUUUUUUUUUUUAUAUGAUGAUUUGUAUUUAAGUUUUAAGACUUUAUUUUCUCACUAUUGGUAUACCUUAUAAAUGUAUUUGAAAGUUAAAUAUAUUUUAAAUAUUGUACAGGAGGUGUAAUGCUGACAUACUCAGAUCCUUGUAGUUUUAAGAUUAGUUUGACUUCAGUUUUGA